AUGGCACCCAAGAGCAACGCGACCCGGAUGGCUGCGGUUUUCGUGGUUCUUAUGAUCAUGUCUUCCACCUUAUCAUCAUCGUCCUGCUAUGCACGUACAAUUGAAGAUGGAGUGGAUUCUCCAGUGUGCUUCCAUGUGGAAAAGUGCCAAGACCGUUGCCAGACUGCAUGCAGCAUCAGCGGCAAGCCCUCGACUGGAGCCUACUGCAAGAUCGAUCAGUGUUGUUGCGCCUAG